AAAUAAAUAAAGGCGAGAGGAGCCGCGGCCGGCGGUCGGGAUCUCUCCCCUCCCUCCGCGCCCGCCCUCCCUCUGUCCUUAAGGAAAUGCUACCAGACACCCCCCACCAGACACGCUCAGCCUCGGCGAGGAGCGGCCGCCGCGGCAGCGACAGCAAGGGCACCGGGGGGCUUUCCUCCUCCCCCUCCUCUCCCUCCUCCUCUUCCUCCUUCUCCUCCUCAGCGGUGACUUUCCAGAUUGGCGAAUUUACCUGAGAAAUUGAAACUCAAGAUUAUGAGACUGUGUGACUAGGACCGAAAGCAGAUUUCCAGGUGGAAUCUUUGAAGUUUUUAAAAGAUGAUGAUAAUCAGAUCUACUUGAAAAAUUAACUGAAUUGAUUUGGUUGGAACACUUUUUUGUUUGUUAAUCGAUUCUUUAACAUUCAGCCACUAGAUUCCCAGAAGUUGUGCACAAGUUUCAACGGGAGAGUUGGCGUCUUGCAAAGCAGACAGUUGUGAUGCACUGUUCUGAUAUGAAGAUAACAGGAAGCGUCAGGACAAUCAUGCCCUUGAAAACUUUAAACUCUUCAGGUCAUUUUGUCUUAAUGAAACUGGUGAUUGAACUUUGCUGUAGUUGAUGGGCAAAAUUUCUCCUAGACUAUCCAUCAUCCCAAUUUCGUUUUAGUAGAAAAUAUUCGAAUGCCAUAAGAUAUCUUUAUAUAUUUGCACUUAACCUUUGGAUGGACAUUUCUACAAUGGAGAGAACUGUGUUAUAGCCCUGGUCCAAGGACAUCACCAUCUAAUGCCCACUGACUACAGCGUGGGCAUAGAAGUUUCCAAAGAGAAGGAGCAAUCACUGAAUUUGCAGAUAUUCUGGAACAUGGAAGCAGCCAAGCUUUAAAAAAAGCACAGCUUUGGAGACACUCCAUGAGUCUGCACGGCUUUCAAGCGAUCUAGCACUUAAGACCUUGCAUCACAAAAUGGACACUGGGGACACAGCUCUAGGACAAAACGCUACCUCAAGGUCUGGAGAAACUGAUAAAGCAUCAGGUAGAUGGAGACAGGAACCAUCAGCUGUUAUUAAGAUGAGCACUUUCGGCAGUCAAGAAGGCCAGCGGCAACCACAAAUAGACCCUGAGCAAAUUGGAAACACAGCAUCAGCACAACUGUUUGGUUCUGGGAAGCUAGCCUCAGCUGGAGAAGGGGUGCAGCAAGUCGCAGAGAAGCAGUACCCGCCGCCCCGCCCCAGUCCUUACGCAUGCCAACAUUCACUCUCUUUCCCGCAGCACUCGUUGCCACAGGGGGUCCUGCACAGCAACAAGCCCCAUCAGAGCCUCGAAGGCCCUCCGUGGCUCUUCCCUGGCCCUUUGCCAUCUGUCGCCUCCGAGGACUUAUUUCCCUUUCCUAUCCAUGGCCACAGUGGUGGUUAUCCUAGAAAAAAGCUUUCAAGUCUGAACCCUGCUUAUAGCCAAUACUCCCAGAAAAGUAUCGAACAGGCAGAAGAUGCUCACAAGAAAGAGCACAAACCCAAAAAGCCCGGCAAAUACAUUUGCCCUUACUGCAGCAGGGCGUGUGCCAAACCAAGCGUACUGAAAAAACACAUCAGGUCCCAUACUGGGGAGAGGCCAUAUCCAUGUAUACCUUGUGGUUUCUCUUUCAAGACAAAGAGCAAUUUGUACAAGCACAGGAAGUCACAUGCCCAUGCAAUUAAGGCAGGAUUAGUACCUUUCACAGAGUCAGCUGUAUCUAAAUUGGACCUGGAGGCUGGUUUUAUUGAUGUAGAAGCAGAAAUACAUUCAGAUGGUGAACAGAGUACAGACACAGAUGAGGAGAGUUCUUUGUUUGCAGAGGCUUCUGACAAAAUGAGCCCCGGCCCACCCAUCCCGCUGGACAUCGCCAGCAGGGGCGGCUAUCAUGGGUCCUUGGAGGAAUCGUUGGGAGGUCCAAUGAAGGUGCCGAUUUUGAUUAUCCCCAAAAGUGGGAUCUCUCUACCGAGUGAGAGCUCUCAGUAUAUUGGCUCUGAUACACUUGCAAAUCCGUCCUUAAAUACGAAGGCUGAUGACUCUCACACAGUAAAACAGAAACUUGCACUAAGACUGUCGGAGAAAAAAGGACAUGAUUCUGAGCCCUCUCUCAACCUUCUGAGCCCGCACAGUAAAGGAAGCACUGAUUCUGGUUACUUUUCUCGCUCAGAAAGUGCAGAGCAGCAAAUAAGCCCCCCCAACACAAACGCAAAGUCUUACGAAGAAAUCAUCUUUGGAAAAUACUGUCGGCUUAGCCCGAGAAAUGCACUCAGCGUUACACCCCCGAGUCAGGAGCGUGCCAGCAUGGGCAGGAAGGGCCUGAUGGAACCAUUACCUCAUGUCAACACCAGGUUAGACAUCCAGGUGUUUGAGGAUCCCGUCUCACAGCUGAUCCCCAGCAAGGGAGACGUUGACCCCAGUCAGUCGAGUGUGCUGAAAUCCGCUAAGUUCAACAGUGAGUCCAGACAGCCCCAGACGAUUCCAUCAUCUGUCAGGAAUGAAGGAAAGCUUUACCCGGGACAUUUCCAAGGCAGCAACCCAGUUCUCUUAGAAGCUCCUGUAGACGCUUCACCCCUGAUUAGAAGCAAUUCAAUGCCAACUUCUUCCGCAACUAAUUUAAGUAUUCCUCCUUCUUUGAGAGGGAGCCAUUCCUUUGAUGAAAGGAUGGCGGGCUCUGACGACGUGUUCUAUCCUGGCACCGUGGGCAUCCCCCCUCAGCGCAUGUUAAGGCGACAAGCAGCGUUUGAGUUGCCUUCAGUACAGGAAGGGCACGUGGAGGUGGAACACCAUGGCGGCAGGAUGUCCAAGAGCGUCACUGGCUCAUCCUUGAAGGAAAAGAAAUUGGCUCCUGGGGAUAGGGUUGGGUAUGACUAUGAUGUCUGCCGGAAACUCUACAAGAAGUGGGAAGACUCGGAGACACCAAAGCAAAGUUACAGGGACAUUUCCAGCUUAGGUUCUUUAAAACACGGCGGAGAAUACUUCAUGGAUCCCGUGGUGCCACUGCAGGGUGUGCCAACCAUGUUUGGGACCACGUGUGAAAAUAGAAAACGCCGGAAAGAGAAGAGUGUGGGAGAUGAAGAGGACACCCCCAUGAUUUGUAGCAGUGUUGUGAGCACUCCUGUGGCCAUGAUGACUUCAGAUUAUGACCCCAAAUUGCAGAUGCAGGAAGGAGUAAGAAGUGGAUUUGCCCUGGCCGGGCACGAGAACCCUUGCCAUGGUCACCCUGAGCGUUUUGACCUGUGUCGGCCCCAGCUGCAGUCUGGAAGUCCAUCUCUUGGGUCAGAAGAAUCACCGUCAGCCACAGAUUCAGACAAGGUGUCAGACGUAGGGGGCAGGAAACCCCCUGGAAAUGUGAUUUCUGUGAUCCAGCACACAAAUUCCCUGAGCCGACCCAAUUCAUUCGAAAGGUCCGAGUCGGCCGAGCUGGUGGCUUCCGCACAGGAUAAAGCCCCUUCACCUUCUGAGACUGGUGACAGCGAGGUUUCUGAAGCUCCCGUGAGUCCAGAGUGGGCUGCGGCCGGAGACGGUGCAGACGGCGCGGGGAAGCCUUCGCCGGUCCCGCAGGUGCAGCAGCAGUCCUACCACGCGCAGCCCAGGUUGGUCCGCCAGCACAACAUUCAGGUUCCAGAGAUUCGAGUGACGGAGGAGCCCGACAAACCUGAGAAGGAGAAAGAAGCCCAGAGUAAAGAGCCAGAGAAGCCUGUGGAGGAAUUCCAGUGGCCCCAGAGGAGCGAGACCCUCUCCCAGCUCCCCGCUGAGAAGCUGCCACCCAAAAAGAAGCGUUUGCGACUCGCAGACAUGGAGCACUCCUCAGGGGAGUCCAGCUUCGAAUCCACAGGCACAGGCCUCUCUCGCAGUCCCAGCCAAGAAAGCAACCUGUCCCACAGCUCCAGUUUCUCGAUGUCUUUCGAAAGAGAAGAAACCGUGAAGCUCACGGCGCCUCCUAAGCAGGAUGAGUUCGGGAAGCAUUCGGAGUUUCUGACCGUCCCUGCCGGUUCCUACUCGCUGUCUGUUCCAGGCCACCACCACCAAAAGGAAAUGCGGCGCUGCUCAUCAGAGCAGAUGCCUUGUCCUCACCCAGCGGAGGUCCCAGAAAUUCGCAGCAAAUCGUUCGAUUAUGGGAAUCUGUCCCACGCUCCUGUGGCCGGAGCCCCGGCCUCGGUGUUGUCGCCGUCCCGGGAGAGAAAGAAAUGCUUUCUGGUGCGCCAGGCCUCCUUCAGCGGCUCCCCAGAAAUCGCCCAGGGCGAGAGCGGCGUGGACCCCAGCGUGAAGCAGGAACAGAUGGAGCAGCUGCAGGCCGGCCUCAGGGCCACCUGGCACCAUGGCCCGUCCUCUGGGCUCCCUCCUCUUCCAGGGGAUGACCCAGGAAAGCAGGUGGUGGCUCCUUGUGCCCAGUUGAGCUCCGGGCCACUCCACCUGGCCCAGCAGCAGAUCAUGCACAUGGACAGUCAGGAAUCUUUGAGAAAUUCUCUGAUACAACCAAUAUCCUAUAUGACAAGCAAGCACUUACCUGAGCAGCCUCCCUUAUUUCCACAUCAAGAGACUAUUCCAUUUUCUCCCAUCCAGAAUGCCUUAUUUCAGUUUCAGUAUCCCACCGUGUGUAUGGUUCAUUUACCUGCUCAGCAGCCUCCCUGGUGGCAGGCACAUUUCCCACCUCCGUUUGCCCCACACCCUCAGAAGAGCUACAGCAAGCCCUCUUUCCAGACAGAAAUUCAUUCUAGCUAUCCCCUAGAGCACGUCGCGGAGCACACGGGAAAGAAAUCUGCUGAUUAUACACCCACAAAAGAGCAAACUUACCCGUGUUAUUCGGGAACAUCAGGGCUACACUCAAAGAACCUCCCCCCAAAAUUUCCACCGGACCCAAGCGGUAAGUCAACUGAAACUCCCUCUGAGCAGGUUCUUCAAGAAGAUUUUGCCUCAGCAAAUGCUGGGCCUUUGCAAUCCUUACCGGGAACGGUGGUGCCCGUUCGGAUCCAGACACACGUUCCGUCCUAUGGAAGUGUCAUGUACACAAGCAUUUCUCAGAUACUUGGACAGAACAGUCCUGCCAUUGUCAUAUGCAAGGUCGAUGAGAAUAUGACUCAAAGAACACUGGUAACCAAUGCAGCCAUGCAAGGAAUAGGUUUUAACAUUGCCCAGGUGCUGGGGCAGCAUGCAAGCUUGGAAAAAUACCCGAUUUGGAAAGUACCUCAGACCUUACCCCUUGGCUUGGAAUCCUCCAUCCCCUUAUGUUUACCGUCCACCUCAGACAGCGCUGCCACCCUUGGAGGUAGCAAGCGAAUGCUUUCUCCAGCCAGCAGCUUGGAGCUCUUCAUGGAAACCAAGCAGCAGAAAAGGGUCAAAGAAGAAAAGAUGUAUGGACAGAUCGUGGAGGAACUGAGUGCCGUGGAGCUAACCAACUCAGACAUCAAAAAGGACCUCUCCCGCCCCCAGAAACCCCAGCUGGUUCGACAAGGAUGUGCUUCUGAGCCAAAGGAUGGCUUGCAGUCGGGGUCAUCUUCCUUCUCCUCCCUGUCGCCCUCCUCGUCUCAAGACCAUCCAGCUGUCAGUGCACCCUCCAGGGAGCCAUUCCCACCUAGCAGGGAGAUGCUUCCGGGUUCCAGGGCAGCCCCUGCGGGGCGUAAGUGCAGUGGACCUUCAGAUAGCAGAGAGUCCUCCGAUGAGUUAGAUAUUGAUGAGACAGCAUCGGACAUGAGCAUGAGCCCUCAGGGCUCGUCCUUGCCCGCAGGAGAUGGUCAGCAGGAAGAGGAGGGCAAGGGCUCGAAGCUGCCCAUUGGCAUGCUGGUCCACAUGGCCUCUGGUCCCAGUGGCAACAUGGCCAACUCCACUCUUCUUUUCACGGACGUGGCAGAUUUCCAGCAGAUUCUUCAGUUCCCCAGUCUGCGGACAACAACUACUGUGAGCUGGUGCUUCUUGAAUUAUACAAAACCCAACUUUGUGCAACAGGCCACCUUCAAAUCCUCAGUUUAUGCUUCAUGGUGCAUUAGUUCCUGUAACCCAAACCCAUCGGGAUUGAACACCAAGACCACUCUGGCUCUUCUGAGGUCCAAGCAAAAAAUCACCACAGAAAUUUACACCCUGGCUGCCAUGCAUCGGCCAGGAACGGGCAAGCUGACAUCAUCAAGUGCUUGGAAACAGUUUUCUCAGAUGAAACCUGAUACAACCUUUUUAUUUGGCAGCAAACUAGAAAGGAAACUAGUGGGAAGUAUCUUAAAGGAAAGAGGGAAAGGAGAUAUGCAUGGAGAUAAGGAUAUUGGAUCCAAACAAACUGAGCCAAUCCGAAUUAAAAUCUUUGAAGGAGGGUAUAAAUCAAAUGAAGAUUAUGUAUAUGUCAGAGGACGUGGACGUGGAAAGUAUAUUUGUGAAGAAUGUGGGAUUCGCUGCAAGAAGCCAAGCAUGCUCAAAAAACACAUCCGCACUCAUACUGAUGUUCGGCCUUACGUAUGCAAGUUAUGCAAUUUUGCCUUCAAAACGAAAGGAAACCUAACAAAGCAUAUGAAAUCGAAGGCACACAUGAAAAAAUGCCUGGAGUUGGGAGUCUCAAUGACAUCUGUGGAAGAUACAGAAACUGAGGAAGCAGAAAAUAUGGAGGAUUUGCACAAGGCAGCUGAGAAGCAUAGCAUGUCCAGCAUUUCAACUGAUCAUCAGUUCUCAGAUGCUGAGGAAUCAGAUGGUGAGGAUGGAGAUGAUAAUGAUGAUGAUGAUGAAGAUGAUGAUGACUUUGAUGACCAAGGAGAUUUGACUCCAAAAACGAGAUCAAGAAGCACUAGUCCUCAGCCUCCGAGAUUCUCCUCCUUGCCUGUGAAUGUUGGUGCCGUGGCCCAUGGAGUUCCUUCAGAUAAUUCCCUGGGGCAUUCUUCAUUGAUCAGUUAUUUGGUUACUUUGCCAAGUAUUCAGGUGACUCAGCUUAUGACACCCAGUGACUCAUGUGAAGAUACUCAGAUGACAGAAUACCAGAGGCUGUUUCAGAGCAAAAGUACAGACUCGGAACCAGAGAAGGACAGGUUAGACAUCCCUAGUGGUAUGGACGAGGAGGGCAUGCUGUCCUCAGAGCCAAGCUCCUCCCCGAGGGACUUCUCACCCUCAAGUCGCCAUUCCUCACCAGGAUAUGACUCGUCGCCCUGUCGAGAUAAUUCACCAAAGAGGUAUCUGAUACCCAAAGGAGAUUUAUCACCUAGGAGACAUUUAUCCCCGAGGAGAGAGCUGUCACCCAUGAGACAUCUUUCACCAAGAAAAGAAGCUGCAUUGAGAAGAGAGAUGUCCCAGAGAGAUAUUUCACCAAGAAGGCAUUUGUCCCCAAGGAGGCCAGUGUCUCCUGGGAAAGACAUCACGGCAAGAAGAGACCUGUCUCCUAGAAGAGAGAGGAGAUACCUGACUACCAUAAGAGCACCAUCUCCCAGAAGGGCUUUAUACCAUAACCCGCCAUUGUCCUUGGGGCAGUAUUUGCAAGCAGAGCCAAUUGUACUGGGGCCUCCUAAUCUAAGAAGAGGAUUACCUCAGGUUCCUUACUUCAGUCUCUAUGGAGACCAAGAAGGUGCUUAUGAACAUCAAGGCUCCAGCCUUUUCCCUGAGGGUCCUAAUGACUAUGUCUUCAGUCAUCUUCCACUUCACUCUCAGCAACAAGUGCGAGCUCCUAUCCCCAUGGUGCCAGUUGGUGGGAUCCAAAUGGUUCACUCCAUGCCGCCGGCCCUUUCCGGUUUACAUCCUCCACCCACAUUGCCUCUGCCAGUGGAGGGCUCUGAGGAAAAGAGAGCAGCUCUAGGGGAGACCUUCUUGAAGGAUCCCUAUGUGCUUUCCAAAGGGCAUGAGAAGCGAGCGCCUCACGUGUUACAGUCGUCUGGUCUACCAAGCACUCCCUCCUCUCCUCGUCUACUGAUGAAACAGAGCACUUCAGAAGACAGCCUGAAUGCCACAGAGAGGGAACAAGAGGAGAAUAUACAGACUUGCACAAAAGCCAUUGCCUCUCUCCGGAUUGCCACAGAAGAGGCAGCUCUGCUUGGGGCAGAUCAGCCAGCACGGGUGCAGGAGCCCCUCCAAAAACCCUCAGAAAGUGCACACGUUAGCAUUAGACACUUUAGUGGACCUGAGCCAGGUCAGCCCUGUACCUCAGCUCCGCACCCUGACUUGCAUGAUGGUGAAAAGGACACUUUUGGGACAUCACAGACUGCAUUAGCUCACUCCACAUUUUACGGCAAGAGUUGUGUGGAUGAGAAACAGUCGGACUUCCACAGCAGUAAGGGGUUGUCUUCAAGCACAGAGGAGGGAAAAGAACCUUCAUCAGAGAAAAGCCCACUUCAUUGAUCUGAGAUGCAUGGAAACUUUCAUUUCCACCUUUUCCCAUUUUUUUGUUUAUGUUUUUCUAGAGAUAGAGGUAAUCAACUUUAUAGCAUGCCUGUCCUAAGUUACAGUAGUUUGCUAUUAUAUAUACUUUUGUUAUAUCAAAAGAAUUAGGUAAAUUAAGAAGUCAUCAUGAGCCUGACCAAAACAAAAUUUGAAAUUAACCUAUUGGGUCUGGUACUUUUAAAAUUGUACAGAUGUCUGUGCCUUUUCUUUACUUUGCUUAUAUUCUUAUAAGCAUUUUUUAGCAGUAAUUUGUACAUAUUUUAGAAUUUGUGUAUCUGCUUUGUAAUAAAUGUAAUUUCUUUCCUUUUUUGGACACUUGGAUCUAAAUGAUGUAAAGCAAAACAGCAUCAAUAUAUAUGUGAGGUUGCACUAAAACAUAUUUUUAUAUGAUUAAAACUGAACAGCUUUUAUGUACAGCUCUGAUUCUGUAAUACUAAUAUUUAUUUACUUUGUUUCAUAAAUUGUACAUUUUUUCUUAAUGUUGUGGAUUGCUUUUCUAUGUGAAGCAUGGGAUUUACUGUUGCGUAACUAGAACAAAAAUGUACAUUGUAAACAAGAUAUUUAAACUAGAGUAUCUUAUUCUGCACUUAUGCAUUAGUUAAAAAAAAAGAUAAAGGGUGUAUCAGUCAGUUCUUAACUCUUGUAAAUUUUUUUGUCUCUUGUUUGCUGGAUUGACCAUAACUUAAGUGCUGAUUGUGAUUUUAAACUGAUAGUACCGUAAAGCAUUAAAGUAAACAACGUGCUAUUGUGAGUUUUUUCAAAGCUUUAUAAAUCAGUUAUAAAUAAUAUUAAAAGUAUUUGGUCUUAUGUGAACAUGUUGAUCUAUAUACUCAUCUAAAAAUAUGGGAAAACAUUCCACCCCAUGUAAAUAUGUACAAGUGCAUCACUGGUACAAUUUUAUGUAACUCAUUUGGACACUAGGUUGCCACAGACCUAUGCUAGGGUGUCUUUAAAAAUUAAAGUGACAAAGCACAUGGGACUGUGUAGAGCUUGGUUAUCGGCCGGCCCGGUGGCUUGGCCGGCAGUGCUGGGCGCUGCCGGUGGAGGAGACCUGGGCUUAGAAGGCUCCUUGGUUCUUGCUGCACAGGAUGGUGACUGGAACCAAGUCUCCACAGAGGGGUCGUGCGUGGACUGAGGGUUGGGUGUGGAAGCAGAGAAGGGGGAUGGAGAUCUGCUCCCUAGCUCUUCCUGACAGCCCAUCCACAAGGGAACAGGGUUAACAUCAGCGCUGGGGGUGUCACCUUCUCCUUCUGAACAAGGGAAGUGUGUCACACUCCUGGCUAUCUCAGGGGGAACUUGGAAAAGAAGCUUUCCAGGGAGAAGAACUCGUGGGAGGAUGAUGACGUUUGUAACACUCCGGAUGGCUGUUGGUUGGUGUUGAAAGCGGGAAGAGCCUUUGUAGGUCCAGAAGAGCAGAGAGGGAGGGGGACAAGAGCAUGUGCACACGCACACACACACAAUCUGGGUUAUCUUUGUGCUAUAUGGUGGAUUCUAAUUCUGUGAAACCAAGUUUGUAUAUUGAAUUACAUUAAGGAGUGUUCUUUAAAAAGAGAAAUAAAUAUACAGUUA